AUGGCGAGGCUGUGUCUCUGCCUGUGCCUGUGCCUGUGCGCGGCGGCGGCGGAGCUGCGGCUGACCCUGCUGCACACCAACGACGUGCACGGGCGGGUGGAGGCGCAGGGCGAGGGCCCGCGGCGCUGCGCGGCCGGAGCGCUGGGAUGCUUCGGCGGCGUGGCGCGGAGAGCGGCGCGGGUGGCGGCGGAGCGGGCCGCGCACCGCAACGUGCUGCUGCUGGACGCCGGGGACCAGUACCAGGGCACCGUGUGGUUCUCCCGCUUCAAGGGCCGGGAGGCGGUCCACUUCAUGAACCUCCUGCGCUACGAUGCCAUGGCUUUGGGUAACCAUGAGUUUGAUGAAGGUGUGAGUGGAUUAUUGGAUCCUCUUCUUAAAAAUGCAAAUUUUACAGUCCUGAGUGCUAAUAUUAAAGGGAAAACUCCAUUAGCAAACGAAAUGAUGAAAUAUGUUCAUCCUUUUAAAAUAGUUCAUUUUGACUCAGAGUCAGUUGGAAUUGUUGGCUACACUACAAAGGAAACUUCUUUUCUUUCCCAGCCAGGGGAUGAUGUAACCUUUGAAGAUGAAAUUGAAGCAUUGCAACUGCAAGUGAAUAAACUCACUGCUAUGGGAGUGAACAAAAUAAUUGCACUAGGACAUUCUGGUUUUACUGUGGACAAAAAUAUUGCUCAAAAAGUAAAAGGAGUGGAUGUUGUGAUUGGAGGACAUACAAACACAUUUCUCUAUACAGGCACCCCACCCUCCACUGAACUGCCAGCUGGCCCCUAUCCAUUCAUGGUUGACUCAGAUGAUGGGAGGAAGGUGCCAGUUGUACAAGCUUAUGCUUAUGGAAAAUAUCUUGGUUACUUGAAUGUUACAUUUGACAAGAAAGGAAAUGUAGUUGAAGCAGUUGGAAACCCCAUUCUGCUGGACAGCAGCUUUCCUGAAGAUGAGCACAUUAAGGAAGAAGUGGAAAAAUGGAGAGAAAACCUGGGGAAUUAUUCUAAAGAGAUUGGAAAAACUAGUGUUUACCUGAAUGGUACAAGCCAAGCGUGCCGUUUCCAAGAAUGUAACAUGGGCAAUUUGCUUUGUGAUGCUGUGCUUUAUGAGAAUGUCAGGCGUCCGGAUCAGAAGACCUGGAACCACGUUUCAAUGUGCAUCCUGAACGGAGGUGGGAUUCGGUCACCCAUUGAUGAGCAGAGCACUAAUGGUAGCAUUACUGUGGAAGAUUUGCUGUCUGUUCUGCCAUUUGGAGGUCGUUUUGAUAUGGUGACAUUAAAAGGCUCCACACUGAAAGAAGCUUUUGAGCACAGUGUGAGGAGAUAUGGAAAAGGAAGUGGAGAGCUGCUGCAGGUUGGAGGCAUCCACGUGGUCUAUGAUCUCUCCAGAGCCCCAGGAAGCAGAGUUGUUAGCUUGGAAGUGCUUUGCACAGCGUGCCGAGUCCCAGCCUAUGUCCCGCUCCAGAUGGAUGAAAUAUACAACGUGACUCUGCCAUCCUAUAUGUUAUUUGGAGGAGAUGGCUACAGCAUGCUGAAAGACAAAAAUCUGGGAUACAGUAAAGGUGAACCUGACGUUGAGGUUAUUUCGCGCUACCUCCAGAGAAUGAAGAGAGUUUACCCAGCAGUUGAAGGUCGAAUAAAAUUUUCUUCUGGAAGUCUUAUUGAAGCUAGUCUGACCCUGAUCUCUGUACUGUUGACUGUAACGUUCUUGCACACUUGAUUUUUUGUUUGGAGGAAUACAGGAGGAGAGAUGAUGCGGAGGAAGCCGUAAGAGACCUGUUCUCUUCUGUUACACCUUACAAUGAAUGAGCAGUGAGGCUGCUGCAUAUCAGCACGGGGCAGCCCCCUGCCUUGUCUUUAACCUGGUGGUGCCACUGGAGCACUGUGUGCAGGGCAAGGGGGCACAAUCCACAACUUCUCUUGGUCAGAAUCAGCAGGUACCUGAAACUGAGGUCUCAAAAGCAAAGUUCCAGUGAAUACUUACUGCUCAAUCAUAAAACAGUGACAAACUGAAAUGGGGUGUUAUAAAUUGUCAAAUUCUUUUAGCUGCUUUAGACAGUGAGUUAAGAACCUGAACCCAGACAUAAACAAGAUUCUAGAAAUGGAUUUUUUAUAGAUAUAUAUUCCUUUCUUUGGUCUCCACUCAGGGUUAAGGUAUUCAAUCUAAUAUCUCUAUUUUGCUUCCAGUCACAUUUAUCAUACCUACAUGAAUACCUGAAAGAGCUGGAUUAAACUUGGUGCCAUUAAAAUCAUGAAGUCUAUUUAAUACGCAAUUUUAACAAGUUUUUCUUUUACUACUGAAAAAGAACUAUCACACUUUGAUUUUCCAUUAAUAAAGGAUGUAAUGAAAGCUUGACUUGAUUUUGACCAAUUUUAACAAAUUGAGUACUCUUCACUCUUAAGUAUGACCAGUUUGGGGACUGUAUCGAGAGUGAGAACACAAUCUGUGACUGUACUUCAUAUAAAUAUGCUCACUUUUAAACCUCUUCCAAAGAACAAAGCACAGGACUGCUGCCUGUUACUCUGUAUUAGCAACAUUCCAAGAAAAUGUCAGAUACAGGCAUUGACUGCUGCAGCACUUUUGGCAUCCUUUGGAAAUAGUCAGGUAAUGGGGCUUUUUACAGCAUAACCUGACUUUAUAGUAACUGUGAUUAUAUCUCUUCUAUGGGAAGGCUGUGUUUAAAAAAAUAGUUGUAAGAGACAGGCUAGUAAGUAUGAAAUCAUAUUAAAUGCUAAAUGUACAUUACUGAUGCUUUAUCAAGAAAUGAUUGCUUAUAAACAAGGGUGAAAAUAUCAUUAUUUUUCUAAGAUUACUGGGAAUUUUGACAUCAACAUGUUUGGAUUGUUUAAUGCUGUUUUAAACGGAUUGUUUUGAAUAAACCUGCUAUGUUUUCCUGGAAAGCUCAACAGGCUUUUUUUCAACACUGAAGCUACUUGCCUCUUCCAUCCAUUGCAGCUGUAGAUUUCAAGAAGGUGCAUUAAGAUAAACAUUCAGGAUGCUGGUAUUUAAAGACCCCAUUCACUUCCACAUCCAUUCAAGGGCUGUGCCUGAAAAGCUCUGGCCCCCAGAGCUGUAUUAGGUGUAUAAGGGGUGUGAAACAGGGAGACAAAUGACAACUGACCUUGUCACACUGCCAGUUGUGCCCUGGCAUUGAUGAUUGUCACUUUGACUCCCUAGGUUGUUAAUUCACAGAAUGGCCUUCCCUCAUCAACAUCAAAUUAGUAACAGAGAGGGCACUGACAGACAGAGCUGUGCCUGCACACUGAUUUUGAGAGUGGCAACAACUGCUCUGGCACAGCCAGAAAGGAGAGAAAUAACACUCUCACCUUCCUUUGACAAACAGAAGGAAAAGGUCUGCAACAGUAAUACAGAUGAGUUAUACUGACAAAGAACACCAAUGCUGCACUAGAUUGGUGAGUUUGUAGAAAAGGAGAAAAUAUGUGUUUGAAAAAAAAAAUUAAGGAAUGCCAAUUAAAGCAUCUCUGUAUUGUUCUGCGAGUAAAACUUGUUAGAAAGCCAAACAUAAAAGUCCUUUUUAAAAUGUCUUUUAUAAAGGCUGGGCCAACAAAUUAAGACUUACAGAGAAAAAUCUUCCACACAUUUUUGU